UUUCAUGAAACAUUCUGAAAAGCUGUUCGGCAUGGCGGCAACGUCAAAAUAUAGCCACAUUUGCUUUUGUUUACAAUUGCUCGGCUCUGUUUUUGCGUUCUUUUUCUGUAUCCCAGUGUAUACAUUGCAUUCUGAACUUGUAACACACAGACUGUAUUUUGAUUAUUAAUAAGAUUAUAAGGACAAAACAAUUAUAGUUGCAGGAAAAUGUCGUGUAAUUACGCUGAUGGCCUGUCGCCAUACGAAAAUAAGGGAGUUCUGGGAGUCCCUGAGAAAUUCGAUGAUGAGGUGACGGUGAAAGAGAAGUGCGAUGAGCUCGCCAAGAUGAUCCUGGCAGCGGAGAGAGUCGUCGUGCACACUGGAGCGGGAAUAAGCACAGCAGCGGGCAUUCCAGACUUCCGGAGUCCUCAGGGCGUGUGGACGCUGGAGCGACAGGGACUGAAGCCCACCAUGAAUGUAUCUUUUGACGAAGCCAUUCCCACGAAGACUCACAUGGCUCUGAAGGCUCUCGUGGAAUCGGGUCACGUUCAGUACAUCGUGAGUCAGAAUAUCGACGGAUUGCACCUGCGCUCAGGACUGCCUCGCCAGUAUCUGGCCGAGCUGCACGGGAAUAUGUUUGUGGAGGAGUGUAACAAGUGCCACAAGCAAUUUGUGAGGAACUCUCCGGCUCCCACGGUUGGCCAGAAGGAGACCGGAGGCAUGUGCAAGGGAGGCGAGAACUCACGACCGUGUCGCGGAGGACGCCUUAUAGACACAGUUCUGGAUUGGGAGGAUGGACUUCCUGAGAAGGAUCUGGACAUGUCUUACAUGCAAUCUUCACUUGCGGAUCUCAACAUUUGCCUCGGGACCACUCUUCAAAUCGUUCCCAGUGGAAAUCUGCCAACAAAGAACAAGAAAUUCGGAGGGAAACUCGUCAUUUGCAAUCUCCAACCUACAAAACAUGACAAGAAAGCAGAUUUAAUCAUAUCCACAUAUGUGGAUAAUGUGCUUGUGCGGGUAUUGAAGAAGCUCGGGCAGGAACUGCCUGAUUAUUCCCAUGAGACUGAUCCAACAAAGCAGCCGCACACUGAGAUGGAGUGGACAAUUUCCAGUGAUCAGGUGAAGGAUUUUGAGAAAAUGUUCAAUGCGAAGCAGAAAGAGAGGCGUGACGUCAAUAAGAAGAGGAAACAUUGCGACAGUGUUGACGAGGAGGAGAGCAAGAUUCUGAUAAAAACGGAGAAAAGUGAAAAUUGACGGAAAUAAAUCUCGUACAUUCAAAGAAUUUUUUGAAAGA